AUGUUUAAGGUAAAGGAGUUGCUGCUAUCACCGGACAGCUUUGAGAAUCCCAUAUUUAGGAUGCAUUUGAAUUGCUUUAGCUGGUAUGGCUAUGUGGCAUCCACAGAGCAAGCUCAUCCCUGGUUCUCGCUGAUACGUUGCACCAUCUUCACCGCCUCCAUUUGGAUAAGUUGUGCCAUGAUGUUGACACGCGUAUUCCUCUCUGGGAGCUAUGAGAAUCUCAGCGAUAGUGCCACCAGUUGGGCCACAGCGGUGCAAUACUUUGCAGUAUCCAUUGCCACACUCAAUGCGUAUGUGCAACGGGAGCGUGUUAUUCAGAUGCUGCGCUUUGCACAAGCGGAUCUUCAGGUCUUCAAAAUGGAGGCAGAUGAUCUGGAGCUGGAUCUGUUGCACACCACUCAACGGUAUGUGAGAACCAUCACCAUGCUGCUGUGGGUGCCUUCGGUGGUGGCUGGUUUGAUGGCCUGGUUGGACUGCAUUUAUCGCACCAUCUUCUUGCCACAAACCGUUUUCAACGCGGCCGCUGUUCAUCGUGGCGAGGCUCAACCCAUUUUACUCUUUAAGCUUUUCCCCUUUGCCGAUCUGUGCGAUAAUUUUGUUAUCGGCUAUUUGGGUCCUUGGUAUUCGCUUGGUUUGGGCAUUACCACAAUUCCCCUGUGGCACACCUUCAUCACGUGCCUCAUGAAGUACAUAACCCUCAAGCUGCAAAUACUCAACAAGCGCGUGAUUGAAAUGAAUAUAAAACGUAUAAAACCUGAUCUGGUGGUGCAGGAAUUAACACAGGCUGAGCUCAGCCACUGGCAUCUGCAACUCUGCAAGGGAUUCGUGGUGGAGCAGGUUAAAAUUCGUCGGUUCGUCCAUGAACUACAACAACUCAUCCGAGUGCCUGUCAUGGCCGAUUUCAUAAUAUUCUCAGUUCUCAUGUGUUUUCUAUUCUUUGCGCUGACUGUAGGCGUACCCAGUAACAUGGAUUUUUCCUUUAUGAUUAUUUAUUUGUUUGUUAUGGCUGCAAUUUUGUGGAUUUAUCACUGGCAUGCGACCUUAAUUGUUGAAUGUAAGGAUGAUUUGGCGUUUGCCUUUUAUGCCUGUGAAUGGUAUAAUUUCAGUUUGCCAGUACAGAAGAGACUGCUCUUCAUGAUGAAGCACACCCAGAGGCCAAUGAAGAUGCGUGCCCUGUUGGUCGAUAUGAAUCUGAAAACAUUUCUAGAUAUAGUGCGUGGCGCGUACAGUUACUUCAAUUUGCUGCGUAGCACCCAUUCUUAUUAGACAUAUUGGACAUAUUCGAAAUAAAAAUGCUUUUUUUGUAGUGCCGCUUGGCUAAUCAAAUGCCACAACGCUUGUCAACUCUUCGUUUGACUAACAUGACAGUUAACAUGGCUUGCAAUUCAUUUGAAGUGUGUAAAAAAGCGUAGAGAGGAGAGUGGAGAAAAGUGUAAGAAGACAGACGAGUUGGCAAAAUGCUAAACCAUUUUACAGCGCAAAUAAACGUGAUGCCUGCUACUCAAAAGCCAAUGGCAGUAACAAGCAACAUCAUUUAUCACUUUUCAGUUAAGUAAAGUAAAGUCCUG